AUCAAGGUUCUCCACUAAUUAAAAAUAUCGAAGUAAUUGUAAUUGAUAAUAGCAACGAAAAAAAUUUAGAGUCUGAUGAUGAAAAUAUUAUAUUACAACAAUAUUUUUGGAAAGCAAAAGAAAAAUAG